GCGGGGAGGGAGGAGAAGGGAGGCAAGAAAGUAGCAGAAAGUGAGGCUGGCAGCCGGCGGCAAAGGAGCGGGGCGAGCGGCGGCGGCAGGAAGUCUGUGCCCGAGACGAGCAGAAAUAAGAGCCAGGGAGGGACCGCGGCGGCGGCGAGAGUGAAAGAGGAAACUGCAGAAGAGGAAGCUCUGCCGCAGCACAAAGUCUCCUCCGGCUCCCGCGCCGAGCAUCCCCGCGCGCCGGCCCCAGCCCUCCGGACAGGCUCGCCGCCGCCGCCGCCUGCGCCCCUGUCGCCGGGCACCCCCUCCUCAGCGCGCCCACCCCGGCCCCACGCGCCCCGGCCGCGCCGCCUCGCCGCCCUCCGCACACGCCGCCCUUGUCUGCCAUGGCCCGGGAGAACGGCGAGAGCAGCUCCUCCUGGAAAAAGCAAGCUGAAGACAUCAAGAAAAUCUUCGAGUUCAAGGAGACCCUCGGAACAGGGGCAUUUUCUGAAGUGGUCUUGGCCGAAGAGAAGGCCAGUGGAAGACUCUUUGCGGUGAAGUGCAUCCCUAAGAAGGCGCUGAAGGGCAAGGAGAGCAGCAUAGAGAACGAGAUAGCUGUUCUGAGAAAGAUUAAGCAUGAAAACAUUGUCGCCCUGGAGGACAUUUACGAAAGCCCAAACCACUUGUACUUGGUCAUGCAGCUUGUAUCCGGCGGAGAGCUGUUUGAUCGGAUAGUGGAGAAAGGAUUUUACACAGAGAAAGAUGCCAGCACUCUGAUCCGCCAAGUCUUGGAUGCUGUCUACUAUCUCCAUAGAAUGGGCAUUGUCCACAGGGACCUCAAGCCUGAGAAUCUGUUGUACUACAGUCAAGAUGAGGAAUCCAAAAUAAUGAUCAGUGACUUUGGAUUGUCAAAAAUGGAGGGCAAAGGAGAUGUGAUGUCCACAGCCUGUGGGACCCCGGGCUAUGUUGCUCCUGAGGUCCUGGCCCAGAAACCGUACAGCAAAGCUGUUGACUGCUGGUCCAUCGGGGUGAUUGCCUAUAUCUUGCUCUGUGGCUACCCUCCUUUUUAUGAUGAAAAUGAUUCCAAGCUCUUUGAACAGAUCCUCAAGGCAGAAUAUGAGUUCGACUCCCCCUACUGGGAUGACAUCUCUGACUCUGCAAAAGACUUCAUCCGGAAUCUGAUGGAGAAAGAUCCAAAUAAAAGAUACACUUGUGAGCAAGCAGCUCGGCACCCAUGGAUCGCUGGUGACACAGCCCUCAACAAAAACAUUCAUGAGUCUGUCAGUGCCCAGAUCCGGAAGAACUUCGCAAAAAGCAAAUGGAGACAAGCGUUCAAUGCGACGGCCGUCGUGAGGCAUAUGAGGAAGCUUCAUCUUGGCAGCAGCCUGGACAGUUCAAAUGCAAGUGUUUCCAGCGGCCUCAGCUUGGCCAGCCAAAAAGAUUGUCGGGCACCCUCCACGCUCUGUAGUCUCGUUUCUUCCUCGUCGGGGGUCUCUGGAGUGGGGGCAGAGCGGAGACCGAGGCCCACCACUGUGACCACAGUGCACUCUGGAAGCAAGUGACUGGCUCUGGAGGCAGGGCCCAGGGGCGGGGCCGGGGAAGGGGGCCCCCAGCGCCACCAGCCACUCUGGAGCGAUCCCACCUUGCAUGGUGCACCUUCCUGCACAGGACUGGAAGACAGAAGUUUUUUAUGGCCAUAUUUUAUACUGCAAUUCUGAAGCGUUCAUUUCUCACAAACUGUACUGACUUAAGGGAGCUGACGUAAUAGGAUCUGGUGCUGUACAUACGAAUCUUGCAGAAGAUCUGACAGAAUGGACCUCCCGCGUCCUCUCCCCCAAGCCCUGUCAUUUCCGCUCUUCUGGGUAUGGGUAACCGUCUAUGUUGUAUUUUUUUCAUUAAUGACAAAAAAGGUUUCAACUGGAUUAUUUAAGUACCGGUAAAUAUUGCGCAUUAGGGUUUUAUUUUUUACCUUUUACGAAAUGCGCUUUCUGAUCUACACUCCUGAAUCCCAUGACCUGUAUCUUUUGCUUGUCAGUAGUAGAGUUUUAUGUUAACCUUUAAGAGAUUUUUUUUUUUUCCCCACCAAGGGGAAUGUAAAGGUAUUUUUUAAAAUUCUAAUAGGAGGAUCAAGCAUCUGUCUCCAAGGCGAAGAGUGCACUUUACUCUCCUCCUCUUUCUUGCCCCUUCCCUGGAGGGGCAGCUCUCUACGAAAACGACUCUGCAGUUCCUCGGGGCUGUCUUGUCUCCAGGGCCACCUUGGGAGGGAAUCUACAGAAAAAACCUUUUCCAGCACCCCCUCCAGCCCGCCCCUGGCCAACCAGGGACCCUAGGCACCUUCUCUGUCACUGGUCAGAAAUACAGAAACCUGCUCCUUCCCUGAGACUAAGGCUAAACUUCAGAGGCUCCACGUGCUGUAAAGGGGAUGCCCAGCAAAGACAUAAGAGCCGCCCUUCCACAAGGAACCAGAUGCCAUUUUGUCCAAAGGGAGCUCCCCGCCCAGCCCCCACGUCUCCCGAGGGUAACGCAGAAAGCUCCCCUCUCAGCUAUGCAGUUUUCAAGUUAAUCUCUCUGUUUUUUAAAAAAAUGCAUUUCUAAUCUUACACUUAAAAUGGCCUCUGACUCACAUAAGUCGUUUCUGCAGAUUUUUAUCCAGUCCUUCUCUGAAUGUUAUCCAGGCAAGGAGAGGGAAGUGGCCUUGGAAAAGAGUCCAUUUAUCUUGGGGGUGGUAAGGAGAGGUGGCCUGCCGAGCAAGCAGGACACUGACCACCACAGGGAUGGCCAGAGACGGCUUCCGCCAGGCCCGGCCGGGGCUGGAAGGCCUCCCUCUGACCAGGGCAAUCUGAAAAACCAAAGACCUGUGAUGGUGGAGUCACCAAAAGGCCCAGGUUGCCUGGGAGUGAAGAAUUUCUUGGGUUGGAGGACUUUCAUGGUAAAUCUGGCCAUGUCCCAGGCAAACUGGCCGUGUUGUCGGUCCAUGUGGUGCAUAGGUGUGCAGGAUAGAGCACGGCAUGAACCUGGGGGCAAACCCUUCUCAAGGGGGCUUCCAGGACGCUCUCUUGCAGAGGCAUGCAUCCCUUGGCCCUCCUGCCCAUGCAAGACCAUGAGUCUGCAUUUUGCACCAUGAGCCUCAAGUCCGCCGCGUGUCCCUGUAGAUCUGUAGGUCUGCCUUACUGGUAGAAAAAAAUGGCAUGAAGAUUAGAAAGAGUAUCUGAGAAAACUGAGGUCUCUCUCCAGGAGCUUUAUUAGGGUGUUGCUUACUAACAGGCGUAAUGGAGCAUUCCAUAGUAUCAGAAAACAUGUAAUUAGAUGUUGCAGGGGGUGAUCAUUUGCCCGGAUGGGGUCCCUGUAACGGGUGACGGAGUAGUGAUCGGUCCUUUGGCCUGUGGGCUCGAUGCAGUCAGUUGCAUUGGGAGAGCAACUUUUGAAGCCACAUUCACUGAUGGGUGAUUAAAUUAUUUCCUAGAGCUGAUAUACGGGACGCAUGUUCUAUUCUAUUAGUUUGAAGGUAUGUCUUACCUGACAUGUGCAGAGGAGGUGAAAGUUGAGGCCUGUCGCAAGCGUCCCUUCUGUGGUUUGGGCCAGCCCCUGGCCAUGCUUGGCCCAUAACGCUUCAGGUCUCCAAAACAUUGUGCGAGGAGACGGUGACUGCUUUCAGCCCAAAAGGUAAACUCUGUUGAACUCGACAUCAGGCAAAUCAAGACCGUUUCAACACCACCAGACUUUGGUCAUUUCCUAUUGUUUCAGGAAGAGGAGAAAAAGAAAUUCCAUAUGGAAGAACUUCUGCUCUUUGAGAGAGCCUCUGUGGCAGAAGUAGAGAGGUUCUCUUUCAACCGCAUUUCGUAUUAUUUAUGCUUUAUUAUCAUAUCACACGACGAGAGAACACAGAAUGUGCCUUUUAAGACCUGCCGAGUGGGGCGGCUGAGUCCCAGGCCCCUCGCCGACGUCAGAUCCCACCCGUAGGAGCUGAGCAUCUCCUACGUGCCCCAGGCUUCCACUCCCCGUGGAAGCCAGUGUGUGGCCGAGGCUCAGGGCCGGCCACUGGUCCCACCGGGGGCUUCCUUUCAACCCCAAGCUCCCUGUUGGUCUCCUGAGCUUCUCAGAGCAAGUGGAUAAUUUUUCCUACUUGAAUAGGACAUGUUGAAAUCGUGUCCCUGAAUGGUCUCUCCCUCAGCUGCCUAUCCGUCUGUCCUUCCCUCAUGUCCCGCUUUUCACCUCCUCCGUGAGGCAGUAGGCAAAACUAGCACUGGUUUGAGACAGGCAGCGAGUGUGCGCCCACAAGCAGGCCCCCCAAGACCAGCAGCUGAUCGCUCUUAACCAGGGUGCCCUGGAGUCCGGACGGCUCACGGCUCUCCCUCGCAAGCACACCGGGGCCUGGGGCGUUGGGUUGGAUGGGGUAAAGGCCGCUGGAGCCGAGAGGGGCAGGGAGUCCCGAUGGGAAGCACAGAGGACCACAGAAUACCCUUGAGAAAUGGAGAUGCCCAGAUAGAUGGACCGCAGCUCUGUUGCCAGGGGCAGGUCUCCCCGUCUCCCACUGCCUCCAACCCCGUAAGAGAGCAGCAAGAUUAAUCUCCCCCUUCGUGUCUCCUUUGUAAAGGACUAUGCAUGCCAAAAAAAAAAAAAAAAAAAAGGCAGGGCUUAGUGUUCUUGACUAUGGCAACAAUUCUGGUCACUUCUGUAGCCCCACCUCAAGAGCAGGGAGUGGCGCCACCUCCCUGCGUGGGAGCUUGUGGCCUUGGAGAGGGUCCCGCUCUCUAACCAGCGGUUAGCAUGAUGUUCAAGGAACUCAGCAGGCCAGCGUGGGGCAACACGAGAUGGCUUUGGCUAAACAAGCAAGGCUCUGAUGCUUAGGAAGCCAGGGCCAUCUGAUGACAGGGAUUGGGCAUAGGACCCUCAGACUCAGUUUACCUGCCCGGCACUGACCUCAUCUUAUUCAUUUGUCUGCCUUGGUGUCCAGCAUAUCCUGGACGGGUUCCAGGUGGGAGACAAGAAUUCCCCUUUAGAGUGAAGGUCAAGAACCCCAGGGACUCCUCCUGAAAGGGCGUUGACCCUCUCUCUCUCUCUCGAGGAGUGACAGCUUCAUCUGAUUAACCCAUGGGAUGUGACAUUUUAUGAGCAAUUUUAGACCGAAGAGACCAUAAGAGAACUUGGUAUUUGAAGGCUCUGUGGCCCAGCAAGAACCAUGGCUCCAGGGCUGAAGACGGGGGUGGCGCUCGGGUUGCUGCAACACUCCCUACCCCGUGUGACUCAUGAGGUUUCCCUCGGAUACACGAAGGGAAAGCCAGGGCCGGCAAACGGCAGCUCCUCCUCCUAUCUCAUAAACGGAAAUAAGAUGUACUCUUUCCCAAGGUCACACACUCACUUCCGGCCAAAGAGAUGAAGGGCCUCUGUUUCAACCAAUGCACGAAACCUUUGCAUGUUCUUCUCAAACAGUACUUCCACGUCCUGUCUCCCCACACUCGGCAAAAGAGUUUGCCUUUUCCUUAAACACAUUCCAGACCAAACACUGUUCAGUUUGUUUCAAAAAAAAAAAAAUUUGUGUAUACCUGUAUGUAACCCACCGCUCUUUUCCCGGGGGGGGGGGGGGGCGCCUGGUCCUUGGUUGGGGCUGCAAGUGCACCUGACAUUUGCAAACAAGUGUUUCAAGCCUUUGGUUCUCAGAGUUUAAAGUGUUGAGCUAGAAAAGGUGAACUGGACAGAGUCCUCCGAGGGGGGCUUCUUUCCCGAAGACACCAGGAAACCCCCGUCUGCCGGGGAGCUGGUCAAAGGGUCCACCGCAGACAGCGGACAGAGCGGGGAAAGGAAGACAGAAGCGCGCGCCCCCUUGCGCCCGUACCCUACCUGAGGUCCCAGCGCAUCACGGUCGCAGCCUGGCCGAGGGCCCGGCCCAGCCGCACUGUGAAGCCGGCCCCGCACGCUGGUCAGGGCCCGGCCUGUCCCCUGCCGCACGCGGACUCAGACCAUCACUGGAAGGCACAGCAGCCCUUCCCGGCCUUCCCUGCCGCCUGCGACUGGAGCGCCUCGGCGUUGGGGCUCCGCUUCUUCGAACCCAAAGGCUGUGCAUUUGGCCGCCAACCCCGCAGCAUGUGGCUGCCAGGUCUGGUUUUGUGAACAAAAGCAAGGGUGGAAUGGCUUCUCGGUGUCUGCCUCUCUCUCUGUGUCUCCACCAAAGGGACAAACUGUUGCAUUCACCCUUUGUACCAACGCUGCUUCUGCAUUUGCCGUAUCUAUUUUUAACCUUUUGGUCCCCAGGGAACUUCUCAUACGGUGAUUAUUUCUUCUGAUUAUUUACGGAAUUAUUUUACUUAGAGGUGAUUUUAUUUUCUUAUGGACAGGAAAAAAAGAAAGAAAAUGAGAGGAGUGUUUGAGGCUUCGGUCUUAGAGACAAGUCAUCACCAGGGACUCCAAUGCCCAAACACAAAAUAAAUUAGUCCUCAAAGGCAAACCUUAAUCUGGGCAGACGGAGAUGGCCAGGCCCUCAUGUCAGCCCUGCAGGGCCUGGGGCAGGGCUGGCAGCCGGGCUCUCCAGAAGGAGAAAAGAGGAACAAGAACGUCACUCGUUUGGACAUCGGUCGUACACACAGAAGCCUGCCGCCCUCCCUCCGGGGCCCCAGCGUUGGAGUGUAUGACAAGCCAUCCGAUGACAAGAGAAAGGCUGCAGAGCAUUUUGUUUCCAAAGACUGGCUGCACGUUUCAGAGAACAUUUAGCUUAGUGCCACUUUCAGGUUGGACGACAUAAAAGGCACAUUCUGUCCAGAAUAAAAUUGGGAACAAUUUCUUAAUUGGCCUUCGUCAUUUCUCUGAGCCCUCCCACCAGCGAGCGAGCAUGUUUUCCAAAAGCUUACAACUGGCGAAUCCAGGAAUGUCCCCGCGUCUAUUAUUAUGAGGCUUGUGAUUGGUUUAAUUUUCCCAUAAAAAACACGUUUGUCCCAAAGAAGGGAAACUGUGCAUUUAUUCCAUGCAUGUAACAAACUGCAAGAAGUUUAACCCACAUAGGUUUGCGGCACUGCAAAAUUGUUCAUGGGCCUAUGUAGCAAAUGAUUCUCUGCCUUGACAAUCAUGUACACAUACCAAGAUUUCUAUCAUAAUGAUAACGAGAUUGAUGACUUCUUGUUUUCCUCCAAUAAAGACAAUUAACCACC